ACUUCCCACACUAGGACCGACAUCGAUUAGCAACAAACACAGAGUACCGACUUAAACGGACGGCAACGUCUACCAAUUUCUGUCCGUUAUCCUAAAAAACGGAAACGAACAGCACUUAACCACCUCGCCAGUAGUCAAUCCACGAUCGCUUUCCAGUCCAAUUUCACCAUUUCCUUUCGAAUACAAAAACCCUAGAUCGAUCUCCCUCUCCCUGCCUCCCUCUCGUUCUCUGCCAUGGCAGCAGUUGCAUCCGCAAGCGGAGGAGAGAGGCCUGACACGUCGCCAGCGAUGGAUGUUCUCUCUUCAAAAUCAGCAACAGACGCCGCGUCUGACUCUUCGUCCUCUUCUUUCGCUACCGAGACGCCUGAUCUCAAUGAUCACUCAAAUAUUUCUGCUAGUCCUAGCCGUGAAGUCGAUCCUCACUCACAGGCUUCAGCGAGGAGUGAAGAGUAUAGGCAACUGUUUCGUCUUCCAACGGAGGAAGUGCUCAUACAAGACUUUAAUUGUGCAUACCAAGAGAGUAUUCUUCUUCAGGGGCAUAUGUACCUUUUUGUACAUUUCAUUUGCUUUUAUUCCAACAUAUUUGGAUUUGAGACAAAGAAAAUAAUCCCUUUCCAAGAAAUUACGGAUGUAAAAAGAGCAAAGACAGCUGGGAUCUUUCCUAAUGCUAUAGAAAUUUGUGCUGGAGGAAAGAAGUACUUCUUUGCAUCAUUCCUUUCUCGCGAUGAAGCUUUGAAGCUCAUCAGUGAUGGAUGGUUACAACACGGUAAUGGUUCCAAUUUGAUCACAGAACAACAGGAUUCGAUUUCUGUAACCAGUAACCUAGAUAAUGGACUUGUAACUGAAAAGGUGAAUAACUUCAAGCAAGUCAAUGAAUUAGACCCCCCUGACAGGCAAAUGGCUACUGCCCCUUCACCUGAUUCUGAGAUUUCAGCAUCCGUUGAAAAUGGCACUGUCUCAAUAACACAGAUACAAGUAGCUGAUGAAGUGGAACAGGAUGUUGAGCUAGUUAGAAAUACCGACUCUUUAUCUUCAUCAACUUUGGCAUGGAAUGUGGAAAAUUUUGAAGCACCUCAGAGACGUGAAUCUUUUAAAGAAGUUGGAGAGACGAAGUUUCUGAUAAAGGUAGAGGAGUUCUUUAAUUUGUUCUUUUCAGAUGAUGCAGCUAGCUUUGUUGAAUCUUUCCAUAGUAGAUGUGGAGAUAAAGAAUUCAGGUGCUCUUUAUGGUACCCAAAUGAGCAAUUUGGGCAUGCUCGUGAUGUGUCUUUUCAGCAUCCUAUAAAAAUAUAUUUUGGUGCCAAAUUUGGCAGCUGCCAGGAGGUCCAGAAGUUUCGAGUCUACAGAAACAGCAAUCUGGUUAUCGAGACAUCACAACAGAUCAGUGACGUCCCUUUUGGAGAUUGUUUUUGCGUUGAGGGACUAUGGGAUGUGACUAGAGAUGGCGAUGGAUCAAAUGAAGGCUGCAUUUUGCGGAUAUAUGUGGAUGUUGUAUUCAGCAAGAAAAUUAUUUUUAAAGGUAAGAUAGUGCAGUCUACUGUGGAAGAAUGUCGAGAAGCUUACGCAAUAUGGAUAAAGAUGGCACAUGAAUUGUUGAAGCAGAAGAACCUUGAAAAACAAGCAGAGGCAGGGCCGACUCUCAGCAUGAUUCAUGAGGAAGAAGUUCAUUCUGAAAGAGAAGUGGAGACUGGAGAAGCUUCAGAAAACUCUUACAAGCCAAGAGGGCAUGUGAGGAUGCAGCAGAUGUCUAGUUCUGUGGCUACUAGUCAACAGGCCGAUGAUCUUGUGCAGGGAAGUUUUACAAAUGCUACAUCCAUUGCAUCUUCGCUAGGAGAAUAUGCGACAAAGCUCUUUUCGUUUUUUAAAAGCCAGAGCCAAAUUUCCCUAGUCUUGGUUAUUGCAUUUAUUGUGAUCAUCCUGAUGCAGGUGAGCAUCCUCGUGCUACUGAACAGACCACAAACUGUCCACGUGGCUUCUCCAGAAUACUACAUGGGUGGCCUGCGAGCUGGGGCUGGUGAAAAAUCAGCUGAAGCUGUGGCUUGGUUGGAGAGGCGGACGCACCACCUUAAAGAUGAGAUGUUUAUGGUUGAGGCUAAGCUAGAGAGGUUGCAGCAGGAGCACUCAUGGUUGAAAUCACAGUUGAAAAACCUUGAUAAUCUUGAAAAACAUAAAUAACUUAAAAUUUUAUAGUGAAAAAGAAAGUAUUUUUUUCCCACGCUCUGCUCUGCUCUUUUCUUUUAAAUAUAUGGCAAGAAACCUAGUUGAUUGACCCCAGGACUUGAAGUUUCUGGGCCGAAGACCUUUUGAUAGCUGUUGUGUUGCUGCUAAUUAACAGGCAAUUUAUAUGAUGCCUCGGAGAAGCAAUGAUACUUAGAUUUUAUGUCUUUUUAACUA